CCCUAGGGCGAUUGGCGAUGGAUGCCGCGUUGAUGCGCUCGCGGCAUUCUCUAGGCGCUGCUGCGCAUCGGAGGCUUACGGCAGCGGCGGGAGUGGCGCCGACGUUCUUGUCUGUGGUACGAUCGCGAAAUCUCUGCGCUGCGGCUGCAAUGGCGGUGAAAUCUUCAGGCGAGAGCGUGGCGAUGGAGCAGUAUUUUCGCUGCGUGGAAGAAUGCAACCGCGGCAGGGAGCGAAGCUCGGAGUUUCUUCGCUUUCUAGUGGAAGGACACACGGUUGGCUACAUUCAUCCCAGAUUUGCAGCGCUCUUGGAGAAAUUUCCACAGGUUUUUACAGUUGCUACUACCUCGACAGGUUAUGCGUCUGUGGAGAUCCAUGAACGUCUCGAAACCCCCGAGCAGCGCACAACUGCCGUGGACGAUGCUUUGCGGGUCUUGAGAAGAGAUGGAUUCGUUCCCGGCUGGCGUGACGAGCAUUAUCCGGUCGUUCUACAAUUUGGUUCGCCGGCUUUCUUCUCGUUGGAGCGAGCGGCUGUUCCGUUUUUCGGGACCAAGGCUUAUGGGGUUCACAUGAAUGGAUAUGUCACCAAUUAUGAUGGCUCCAAGCAGCUCUGGGUGGCCAAGCGGAGCAAAAGCAAACAAACAUAUCCCGGUUACCUCGAUCAUCUAGUCGCAGGUGGUCAGCCAGUGGGACUCAGCUGCUCGGAGAAUAUUGUUAAAGAGUGCGAAGAGGAGGCCGGAAUUCCAAAACAACUGGCGGAAAAAGCGAUUCCAGUUGGAGCAGUCAGCUACGAGACAAUCUACGGCGAGCAAUGCAAACGAAACGUGCUCUUCUGCUAUGACCUCGAGCUGCCACUCGACUUUGAGCCAUCCAACAAAGAUGGCGAAGUGGAGUGCUUCCGUCUGGAUUCUAUCCCAAAUGUGGUCCAGAGCCUGGGAAACUACAAGCCCAACUGCGCACUGGUCGUUGUCGACUUUUUAUUUCGCCACGGAUACAUCCGACCAGAACAACAGGGCUACCUAAAUCUCGUGCAGAAACUCAAAAGCGGGGAAUGCUUGUGAGGCAAAAAGGAAAAGCAUCGUCCCUUGCCUCUUCAGAGCACAAGUGGAGAGACAACGGGGAAGAAGAAAAAAAUAAUCUUUCUUUUGAUAAAGCCCAAUGCACGGCUCAGACAGCUUUCCUCCCCAUGGGACAGGAGAGAGAAGAAGCUCAACUUUAGAAAAGAGACCCAAAGGGAUAGGAGAGACGAUACGUCUCCUCCUCCCUCCUUGCUGUGGAUCUCCUCCCAAGGUAUUGCGGCCUUUUCUUAUUUACAAAUAGA